GCCAGUUUCAUUCGGUCAUCGGAAGAGUUCAGACUUGCUUGGAACUAAAAAGUAUAUUUAACUCGUGAUUGUGAAAACUAAAACCGAAAAUACAUUUACCAAGUAUACCAUACUGUAUCCAGGGCGGCAAUUUAUUCUGAGUUAAGAGGCAGGAAAAAAGCAGAACAGACACGUUUUCGCCAACUCCCGUAAAACGAAAGCACUCCGUGGUGUACAGGAAAGUUAUAUUUGGAUCGAGUUUUCCGUUCGAGAGGUAUUCUCAACAGAAAACCAUCGUCUUCCGUUGUUAUAUCUGGCUAUUGAAAAAUAUAAACUGUAUGUUCUAUUCUCGGAAAAGUGAUUGAGUGAUCGAAAAAAUAAACUGAACAACCGAGGUUUGUGAUUCGGCUAUUGUGAGAAACAAUAUAAAUCCAAGCAACCGGUAUUUUUCUUGUGCAAAGGGCUUGAAGAAAAAAGUUGAACUUUAAGUGACAACCGGAAAAAAGAAAAGUGGUGAAUCGUUUCCUGUAGAAUGGCCCCACCGAACAAUGAAUUCUCAUCUGAAGUGAUUGUGCCACGUGAAGCUACGAAGCAGGAUGAAACCGUUCAACAACAGCAACAAUCUGGGAAACUGGCUAUGGAUUGGGAGACACCUGGAGCCCAAGGUCUUUAUGAUCCGCAGAACGAACACGAGGCCUGCGGCGUAGGCUUCAUCGUGUCGAUCGAAGGAAAGGCUAAUCACAAGAUCUUGCGUGAUGCCCAAACGCUCGCAAUUCGCAUGAACCAUCGCGGUGCUUGCGCCUGUGAUAAUGAUACCGGUGAUGGCGCUGGUGUAUGCACUUCAAUUCCGCACGAUCUGUAUCGGAACGAUUUGGCAUCACUCGGCAUAAAGUUACCGGAGCUAGGUCGCUAUGCGACCGGUAUUUUCUAUUUGGAUAAAAAUACCCACGAAGAGGCCGAGAACGACUUCAAUUCAUUGGCUGAAAGUCUCGGAAUACAGGUUAUCUGCUGGCGAGAUGUUCCUACCAAUCAGGACGCCGUCGGCGCGGUCGCCCGUAAGAGUGAGCCGCUUUCCCGGCAGGUCUUCAUUAAGGCCGAUGUCGAUUACGAUACGUUCAAGCGGCAAAUAUUUGUGCUGCGCAAACGUGCGACCCAUGAACUGCAACGUCCUGGACGUCGUUUCUACAUCUGUUCACUUUCGACGAAAACAAUCGUGUACAAGGGUCUCUUCACCUCGGACCAACUAUGGGAAUAUUAUCUGGACCUACAGAAUCCGGAGUUUUUGACAUACUUGGCACUGGUGCACACUCGCUUCAGUACAAACACCUUCCCCUCGUGGGAACGUGCUCAUCCACUGCGAGUGCUGGCCCACAAUGGAGAAAUCAAUACACUCCGUGGAAAUGUUAACCUGAUGAAGGCUCGUGAAGGUGUUAUGAAGAGCGAACUAUUUGGGGAUGAACUGAAGAAGUUGUAUCCCGUUGUCGAGCCGAAUUUGUCCGACUCGGGCUCGGCUGAUUGCGUGCUUGAGUUUUUGGCUGAAGUUGGCAACCGAUCGCUUCCAGAGGCCGUUAUGACCAUGGUACCGGAAGCAUGGCAGAACGAUCGUACCAUGUCGCAGGAGAAGCGCGAUUUCUAUCACUGGUCAGCGUGCGUCAUGGAGCCCUGGGACGGACCAGCAUUGAUUUCAUUCACCGAUGGACGAUACAUUGGAGCAAUUCUCGACCGGAACGGACUGCGACCCUCUCGGUUCUACGUGACGCGUGACAACCUGCUGAUAAUGGCAUCGGAAGUUGGUGUAUAUGACGUUGAUCCUAAAGACGUUACGCUAAAGAGCCGUCUCAAGCCAGGCCGUAUGCUGUUGGUUGACACCGAGCAAAAGUCGUUGAUCCAGGACAUCGAACUAAAGUCCCAUAUUGCUAAGUCACGUCCGCACUCCGAAUGGCUGCAGCAACAGAUAACCAUGGAUGACAUCCGACGUGAAGCUGCCGAAAAGAACUUCAGUAUUGAUCUGAGCGGUGUUUUGCCGAGCGAAAAUAGCCGUGGCAUGAUGGAUCCACGCUUGCAGCUGUAUGGAUAUACCACUGAAACGAUCCACAUGCUGCUACUGCCAAUGAUCAAGACCAAGAAGGAAGCGCUCGGCUCGAUGGGCAAUGAUGCCCCACUUGCCUGCCUGUCUGCAUUCCAACCGUUACCGUACGAUUACUUCAAGCAGUUGUUCGCCCAAGUUACCAAUCCACCAAUCGAUCCAUUUCGUGAAAAAAAUAUCAUGUCCUUGCAAUGCCCGAUCGGACCGCAGGCAAAUCUGCUGUACGCCUCUCCUGCCCAGGUGCAUCGUAUUUGGUUGGACAAUCCUAUCUUGAGUAUUCCCGACACGGAGAUUCUCAAACAAAAUCAACACCGCGGAUGGAAGACCAAGGUUAUCGACAUUACGUUCCCAAUGAAGGAUGGAGCGGAAGGUUUUCUCACUGGGUUGCGACGCGCUUGCACCGAGGCCCAAAAUGCGGCCAAUGGUGGAUAUCAGUUGCUGGUACUGUCCGAUCGCACUGCCAACAAGGAUCGGGCUCCGAUAUCGGCACUGCUUGCUCUGGGGGCCGUACAUCAUUAUCUCAUCGAAACCCGUCUACGUAUGAAGGUGGGAUUGAUCGUCGAAACGGCUGAAGCACGAGAGGUACACCACAUUUGUGUACUGUUGGGAUACGGUGCCGAUGCUAUUUGUCCGUAUCUUGUGUUCGAGCUGGCGGAAGCACUACGUGAUGAAACCGUUAUUGAUCCAUCUAUGAGUAACGAUGCGAUCUACAAGGCAUAUGCGGACGCUGUUGAAACCGGUAUUCUGAAAGUUAUGGCAAAGAUGGGUAUCUCAACUCUGCAGUCUUACAAGGGUGCUCAGAUAUUCGAAGCCGUUGGUGUGGGUGCGGAUGUGAUUGAUUUUUGUUUCCGGGGAACGCAAUCCCGCAUUGGUGGUGUAAAUUUGGAGGUGCUUGCCUUAGAGGGUCUGGAGCGACAUGAUCUGGUUUAUGGACAUCACAACGCAGACGCGAAGAUUCUCCGCAACCCUGGACAGUAUCAUUGGAGAGCUGGCGGCGAAAGUCAUAUCAAUGAACCUGCGGCUAUAGCAGCUCUUCAAGAGGCCUCGAUGAAUGAAAACAAAGACGCCUAUGCCCGUUUUCGAGAUACAACCCACAGGAGCGUGCAGCAAUGCACUCUGAGGGGUCAGCUGGAGUUUGUGAAAGGUCGCCCAAAGGUCAAUAUAUCCGAAGUUGAACCAGCUAGUGAGAUCGUGAAACGCUUUGCCACUGGUGCGAUGAGUUUUGGAAGUAUUUCCUUGGAAGCUCAUUCUACUCUUGCUAUUACUAUGAACCGUAUUGGCGGAAAAAGUAACACAGGCGAGGGUGGUGAAGAUGCCGAUCGAUAUCUGAAUCAAGAUCCGCAUCACAACAGACGAUCAGCCAUCAAGCAAGUAGCUUCGGGUCGCUUCGGCGUCACAGCGGCUUACAUUGCCAAUGCAGAUGAUCUGCAAAUUAAAAUGGCUCAAGGUGCCAAACCAGGCGAGGGUGGCGAGCUACCUGGUUACAAAGUUACGCACGACAUUGCCAAGACGCGUCAUUCCGUCGCUGGGGUAGGUCUCAUUUCUCCUCCUCCACAUCACGAUAUCUAUUCCAUCGAAGAUUUGGCGGAAUUGAUAUAUGAUUUGAAAUGUGCCAACCCGAUGGCUCGUAUAAGCGUUAAACUUGUGUCAGAAGUGGGAGUCGGCGUCGUUGCGUCCGGAGUUGCAAAGGGAAAGGCCGAACAUGUUGUCAUUUCUGGUCAUGACGGUGGUACUGGUGCCAGCUCAUGGACCGGUAUUAAAUCAGCUGGACUGCCAUGGGAGUUGGGCAUCGCUGAAACUCAUCAGGUGUUGGUUCUCAACGAUUUGAGAUCUAGAGUUGUAGUCCAAGCUGACGGUCAGCUACGUACAGGAUUUGACGUUGCGGUGGCUGCUAUUCUUGGUGCUGAUGAGUUUGGAUUCAGUACUGCACCAUUGAUAGUGAUGGGUUGCACUAUGAUGCGCAAAUGUCACUUGAAUACGUGCCCAGUCGGGAUAGCCACUCAAGAUCCGGUACUUCGUGCAAAGUUUGCCGGAAAACCUGAACACGUCAUCAAUUAUUUCUUCAUGUUAGCCGAAGAGAUUCGUGAAAUUAUGGCGAGCUUGGGUUUGCGGAAAUUCCAGGAUUUAAUCGGUCGCACUGACCUGCUACAGUUACGCGAAAACCUUCCCAACAAGGCGUCUCUUCUGGAUCUUCAGAUGCUUCUGAAGAAUGCCCUGGAUCUAAGACCCGGCACUAACAUAAUCGGCGGUUCGUUGAAGCAGGACUUCAAUCUGGAAAAACGUGCCGACAAUCUGUUGAUUGAGAAAACCCAAGCCGUUAUCGACGGAACACAGCAAUCGAUCACACUGGACAUGAACAUUCGCAAUGAAGAGCGUGCGUUCACUAGCACUUUGAGCUACAAGAUAGCCCGUAAAUACGGGGACGAUGGACUACCAGAAGGUCGAUCGAUCAACAUCAAUUUGACCGGUUCUGCUGGACAGAGUUUCGGUGCCUUUUUGGCGAAAGGUGUCAAUCUGAAUCUGGUCGGUGACGCCAACGAUUAUGUUGGUAAGAGCUUGUCUGGUGGCACCAUCACCAUUUGUCCGCCCAAGGAAUCACCAUUUGAGUCGCAUUUGAACGUGAUUGUUGGUAACGUUUGUCUUUAUGGUGCCACUUCUGGAAGAGCCUACUUCCGGGGCAUCGCUGCCGAACGUUUCUGUGUGCGUAAUUCUGGAGUUACGGCAGUGGUGGAAGGUGUCGGUGAUCACGGCUGUGAGUAUAUGACAGGUGGAUUGGUUCUGAUUCUAGGGCUCACCGGCCGUAACUUCGCCGCCGGUAUGUCCGGAGGUAUCGCCUACGUGUUGGAUGUUGACGGUACAUUCCGUUCGAAAGUCAAUCCUGGUAUGGUUGAACUUUUAGGAUUAGAAUUGGAUGAAGAUCGUCUAACUGUCAAGGAUUUAUUGACCGAGUUUGUGGAGAAAACUGAUUCGGCUAUUGCGAAAGAAUUGUUGUCCACAUGGCCCGAACCAUGUCAGCAGUUUGUGAAAGUAUUCCCCUAUGAAUAUCAGCGAGCCCUCAAAGCACUGAAGGAGGAACAAGCGAUUCAGGAUAGUAUAAAAACAAUUACUAAUGGGGUACAGAAGAACGAACCAAAGAUAAAAGACAUUGAGGAGUCCAUCCAAGAUGCUGCUCUUGCCAAGAAAAAACUUGAUCAGAUUUUGGAUAAAACCCGUGGCUUCAUCAAGUACAAACGCGAAACUUCGGUUUACCGUAAUGCAGAGGAACGUCAGAAGGAUUGGAAAGAAGUGUUCAACUUCCCCCAUGUUCGCAAAAAUCUUAAGAUGCAGGCAGCCCGGUGUAUGGAAUGUGGCGUUCCAUUCUGUCAAUCCAAUUCCCAUGGUUGUCCGUUAGGAAAUAUCAUUCCUAAAUGGAACGAUCUGGUGUUCCAUGGUAGUUGGAAGGAAGCCAUUAAUCAACUUUUGCAAACGAACAAUUUCCCUGAGUUCACCGGACGAGUAUGUCCGGCCCCGUGUGAGGGUGCUUGUGUUUUGGGAAUUUCUGAACCAGCAGUGACAAUAAAAAAUAUCGAAUGCGCUAUCAUUGACCAUGCUUUCGAGCAAGGCUGGAUUACUCCUGAAAUUCCUGAGAACCGUACCGGUAAACGUGUUGCCAUCAUUGGAUCUGGUCCAGCUGGUCUGGCCGCAGCGCAGCAAUUGAAUAAAGCUGGUCAUUCGGUUACUGUGUACGAACGGAACGAUCGUCCAGGAGGACUGUUGCAGUACGGUAUUCCUACCAUGAAACUGUCCAAAGAAGUUGUCAAACGUCGUCUGGAUCUAAUGGUUGCCGAAGGCAUUGAAUUCAAAUGUAAUGUACAUAUUGGAAAAGAUUUAAUGGCUUCCCAACUGGAACAGGAAUACGAUGCUGUCCUGUUCACAACGGGUGCCACAUGGCCACGUGAUCUGAACCUACCAAACCGAGAUCUGAAUGGUAUUCAUUUUGCUAUGGAAUUUUUGGAAGCAAGUCAAAAGAAACUGCUCGGAACUCGUGAAAAAUGGAUUUCGGCCGAAGGAAAACAUGUGAUUGUGAUUGGAGGCGGAGAUACCGGAUGCGAUUGUAUUGCAACUUCCUUGCGCCAGGGUGCCAAAACGAUAACCACCUUCGAAAUUCUUCCAACACCCCCGGAAAAACGUGCACACGAUAAUCCUUGGCCACAGUGGCCCAAGAUUUUCCGUGUUGAUUACGGACACGAGGAGGUUCGCGUAAAAUGGGGCAACGAUCCACGUCAGUACUCUACGACCACGAAAGAAUUUGUUAGCGACGGCAACGGAAACAUUCAAGGUGUCAAUACAAUCCAGGUUGAGUGGACCCAAAGUCCAACGGGACAGUGGAGUAUGAAAGAAGUUGCUGGAUCCGAAAAGUAUUUCCCUGCCGAUCUUAUUCUGCUGGCAAUGGGCUUUUUGGGACCCGAAAAAGCAGCGCCCACAGAAAUGAAACUUGAGCUGGAUGGCAGAGGCAACAUCAAGACUACCGUCGGAACUUAUGGUACCGCUAAUCCGAAAGUAUUUGCUGCAGGUGAUUGUCGACGUGGACAAUCGCUCGUUGUAUGGGCUAUUUCCGAGGGAAGACAGGCUGCUCGCCAAAUUGACACCUAUCUGAUGAAUACCCUAAGUCAACUGCCCGGUCCGGGAGGUGUUAUUGAUCCAACAAGAUCUUUCUAAAGUGAUAUAAAUAUCUUGUAGGCUGUAAGCAAAGUUUCGUUGAAAAUAUGAGAAAAUAUGAGUAGUUUCGCUACCCUCAGAGACAGAUCCAACAGAAGAUAAAAAAAAGUAGCAGGUCUGCAGUAACAGCAAAUCAAAUCGAUACGUCCAGUCGGUUCAUAAUGAACUCAAGAUAGAUGAAAAAGAAACAGAUCUAUUGAUAUUCCUUUGUUGAUUUUCUCUUGUUUUUAUUUACAAAAAAUCACAUUCAAUCAGUACCCGUUGUAUGUUCCGUGCAUGAUACUAUUAUUCAGUUGAAAUCCUCAUAUUCUAUAACAUAGUUUUAUGGUUACUUAAGAACAGAAUUGUAUUAUCAUUAGACGCUAAACAAAUGCAUAGUAAUGAUGAAUAAAAUUCCAUUUCAUAUUUUACUGUUACAAACUACAAUGAUUGUAGUCGUUAUUUACGUACAAUCAGCACUUCUCAUUUUUGGAUUAGGGACAUUUAUAAUUAUUAAUACCAUGUUGCUAAGCAAAAAAAACUGCAACGCGCUACAUGAAGGUAUAUUUAUUGUCAUGUUAAUGACACUAAAAAUAAAAUCUUUAAUCAUGUUGAUUA